ACAAUUUUUAUCUACAUUUUAAAUAGUUUUAUAAAUUUGAGUAAAAGUGUAAUAGUGAUGAGGUGGUUUACUGUACUUUCUUUAUUAUUAAUUUGUUUAAGCCAGUGUAUUAUUUAUUCAGAAGAAACACAACAAAAUCGAUGUCCCGUUGUACGAUUAUUAAAUGGGAGGGUACGUGCAAGGGCUAGAGGAAGAAUCGUUAGAUUUAAUUGUAACGAUGGUUACACUCUUGUGGGAAACAAAUAUUCCACGUGUAUACAUGGUCAGUGGGAUACACCAACACCAGUGUGUGUUAAUGCAGAAUGUGCCCCUCUCCCUACACCCGAACACGCUUUAGUGGCGAAAAAACAUGAUGGUGCGAUACUUAUGUAUUUCUGCGAAACUGGUUACGCUUUAAUAGGAACAUCUGAAAUUUAUUGCAACGGUCAUAAUUGGAACGCAACAGCUCCGUAUUGUAGAGAUACAAACGCGACUGCACCUACAAGAUGCGACUUCGAGAAACCGGAUUUUUGCUGGUGGGAGCAGGAUCCUCUACAUGAUUUUGACUGGCAGCGACAUAAUUUCGAAACACCGAGCUCGCAUAUCGGCACGGGCCCGACGUAUGAUCAUACAUUGGGAGCUGGAAAUGAAGGAUAUUAUCUUUACAUUGAGGCAUCUGGACGUUUAGUAAAUGAUACAGCAAGAAUUAUCUCUCCUCUGUAUAACUCUGUAUUAACAGAAUCUGGAUGUUUUUCAUUCUGGUACCACAUGUAUGGCACUGCAAUGGGUGCUUUAAGAGUCUAUUUUAAAACAGAAACUGAUAUUAACCCACAGUUAAUGUUUCAUAAGGAGGGUAAUCAAGGAAAUCAAUGGUUACAUGGUAUUUUUACUUUACCAAAAGUAGAUAAAAAUUUUCAGAUAAUAAUUGAAGGUAAACGAGGUACAAGCUAUGUAAGUGAUAUUGCUGUUGAUGACAUUGCUAUUUUGCAAGGAAAAGAAUGUGAGACAAACACAAGUGAUAUUGGUACUACUACCAUGACAACUAAUAAUAAUGAUCAAGUUGAAAUAGUAAGUGCAUCACAAACUUGUCAAGGGAAAUGCAACAAUUUUACUACAUCUCAGUUGAUUAAUGUUGAACCACAAGAUGAAGAACCACCUGUAUAUAAAGUAGAACAAUGUCAAUGCACAUUGGAUUGUGCAGAAUAUUCUCUCUGUUGUCCAGAUUAUGCAGAAUACUGUGUUCUUGCUUUUACAGAUGAUGGAAUUACUCAGGAGAUUACAGAAGCUACUAUUAGUACUACUACAAAUCAAAACAGAGUUAAUGUUACAAAAUUGUUGCCAAACAUUACUAAAGCUGUGAAGUAUGAAACUACAACUUUGUCAACAACCAUCAAUCGUAAUCAUAUACUUAUUAAUCCGAAAGAUGAUAUUGAUCCUAAUACAACAAAACCACGAGAAACAGAAGUAUCAAAACCAAAAAUAUUUGUAAAACCUACUAUGAAGACCACUACUCUUGUUCAUGUAAUUGCACCCAUUACAGUACCUAAAACAUCAUCAACAAAAACAACAUAUAAAUCAAUGACAACAACUACAAAACAUAUUGAAGUAACUAAACAAUAUGACCCACAAAUAAGUGUGAGAAUAGAAAAACCUAAAAAAUUCCAUCAUAACAGUGGAAAAAUUGGACUGCCUGGUAUUAUUGGUUUAAUCAUUGGCAUAUUGAGUGGAAUCAUUGUUGUUUCAAUAGUAGCAUUCUUUAUAAUUACAAGAAGGAAAACUUACAAACGUGGCACUGGUAAUUCUUCGCUUUCUGAAGAUAGUGAUGUUCGCUUCUUAACUUCAGAUGAAAUACUUGAUUUCAAUUUAGCAAAGCCUAGUGAUAAUGAUGAGUUGUAAGAUUUAUUAUAUGAAUGAUACAGUGCAUUUUGCAAAUAUUUUUCAUUAAACAGAGUGUUAGCUGAGUCUUCAAACGUGAGCAUAAAUUGAUAAGUUAUAUCCAAUGUGUAUAGGCUUAAGUAUGAUCCAACAACAAUCAUUGAUAUUUAUCAAUAAAACUGUGUUAGUGAU